AUGAGUGAUGACAUGUUGAACCAGGAGGGAAGUCAGCGAAUGAAGGUCAUCUCUGGGGGUCGUUCCCCAGGUAGACUCUUCAUGCAAGCUGGAUGUCAGGCGGUCUGCCUGCAAAACUCGACUGGGCCCGUGGUCAGAGAAGGGGGUCACUCCCUGGUGACAACAUGUACAGGCUUGUUUCCAUUCCUGCUGAUCCAGAUUCUGUCAGAUGUUCACACUAUUUCUGCUCCGCUAUGUUUCCUGCAGAUUUACUGUCUUUAUUCACAUGUAGCUGCAGAAUUUUACAACUUAACCAUCUUAUCUUAUGACAGAUAUCUGGCCAUUUGUUUCCCACUGCAGUACAACUCAGUAAUGACAAUGAAGAAGGUUGGUGCUCUGGUUGCAGCAGCAUGGAUAGCUGCAUUUCUUGUAGUUUUAAUCACAGUAUCAUUGAGUUGGACUCUGCAGCUUUGUGACAACAUCAUACACAAAGUUUACUGUGACAACUACUCUAUUGUUAAACUGGCUUGCUCUGAUAUCACAUUUAAUAAUAUCUAUGGCCUGCUAACUGCUACUGUUUUUGUUUAUGUUCCGUUUACUUUAAUUUUUUACACAUAUAUGAAAAUCUUUAAAGUGUGUUUCUCUGGAUCCAAACAGACUCGACAGAAAACUGUCAGUACCUGCACACCUCACCUGGCCUCUCUCAUCAACUUCUUAUCUGGAGUUUGGUUUGAAGUUUUACAGAGUAGACUUAACAUGAACAGUGUUCCUAAUAUUGUAAGAAUUAUUUUAUCAUUGUAUUUUCUGACAUGUCCACCACUUUUUAACCCUUUAAUAUAUGGCCUGAAGUUGUCAAAAAUACAUAACUUGUGGAAAAGUUUAUUAUAUAUCAGAUGGCGAUAG